CCGCCGGCGGCUGCUGCCGGCCGUCCGCGGGAGGCGGCGCUGUGUAAGCGGCGGCAGCCCCGGGAGCGCCCCCGAGGGCGUCACGUGAAAUAGUGACGGGAGCGAGCGUGCGGCGGGUGCUGCACCGUGGCUGCGUGCGAGCCUGGACAUCCCCGUAAAAAUGAAGAGAAGGGCAGAGCCAGAGUUUAGCAGCCCACAAAAGAAGCAGAAGAAGAGGAUAGAAGACUUAGGAUUAACCCUCAGUUCUACUUCAGAUGAUGAAACUCAAUUUAGUAACCAUAUGACUCAAGAGUCUUCCAGUAGCAGCAGUGGGUCUGAUAGUGAGAGUGAUGAAAAAAGACCAGUCUUCAGCAAUGAGUUCAAGCAAGACUCUCUUGUGGAGGGUACUUCAUCCCGCUACUCUAUGUAUAACAGUGUUUCCCAAAAGCUCAUGGCCAAGAUGGGCUUCCGUGAAGGAGAAGGUCUGGGAAAAUAUGGCCAAGGCAGAAAGGAUAUUGUUGAGGCCUCCAGUCAGAAGGGAAGGAGAGGCUUUGGGCUGACCCUCAAAGGAUUUGAUGGGGAGCUGAAUAUUGACUGGCAGGAUGAACCAGAGCCCAGUGCCUAUGAGGAGGUGGACUGGUGUACAGGAUGCACCACAGAAAUCCCUGAUGCCCAGGAGCUGGAGGAGUGGAUGACUGUGGGGAAGAGGAAGAUGGUGAUUGAAGAUGAAACGGAGUUCUGUGGCGAAGAGCUUUUACGUAAUGUCCUGCAGUGCAAGAGUGUAUUUGAUGAGCUGGAUGGAGAAGAAAUGCGUCGAGCUCGGACAAGAUCUAACCCCUAUGAGAUGAUCCGUGGAGUCUUCUUCCUGAAUAGAGCUGCAAUGAAGAUGGCAAAUAUGGACCAUGUCUUUGACUACAUGUUUACAAAUCCUAAGGACUCCCAGGGGAGGCCCUUAAUAAAGGAGCGAGAAGCAGAGCUGCUUUACUUUGCUGAUGUGUGUGCUGGCCCCGGGGGCUUCUCUGAGUAUGUCCUGUGGAGGCGAAAAUGGCACGCAAAAGGAUUUGGCAUGACCUUGAAAGGACCAAAUGACUUUAAACUAGAGGACUUCUAUUCUGCCUCCAGUGAGCUCUUUGAACCUUACUAUGGAGAAGGAGGGAUUGAUGGAGAUGGAGACAUCACCCGUCCAGAGAACAUCACUGCUUUCCGGAAUUUUGUUUUAGACAAUACCGAGCGGAAGGGAGUGCAUUUCUUAAUGGCUGAUGGGGGCUUCUCUGUGGAGGGUCAGGAGAAUCUGCAAGAAAUACUAAGCAAACAACUGAUGCUUUGCCAGUUUCUUACAGCACUGUCUAUUGUCCGGACAGGAGGACAUUUUGUCUGCAAAACCUUUGACCUCUUUACCCCAUUCAGUGUGGGACUUAUCUAUCUGCUGUACUGCUGCUUUGAGCAAAUUUGCAUCUUUAAACCUGUGACAAGCCGUCCUGCUAACUCAGAGAGGUACGUGAUAUGCAAAGGAUUAAAGCUAGGGAUUGAUGGUGUGCGGGAUUACCUCUUCAUGGUGAACAUCAGACUCAACCAGCUGCGCAACUCAGACGUGGAUGUAAAUCUAGUUGUUCCAUUGAACGUGAUCAAAGGCAACCAAGAUUUCUAUGAUUACAUUGUUCGCUCUAAUGAAAACCACUGCAAAGUUCAGAUCAAGGCACUAGCCAAAAUUCGUGCCUUUGUUCAAGACACGACAUUGGUUGAGCCACGGCAGGCUGAAAUCCGAAAAGAGUGUCUCCAGCUAUGGGGGAUUCCUGAUCAGGCCCGUGUUGCUCCCUCAUCUUCAGAUCCCAAGUCCAAGUUCUUUGAGCUGAUCCAGGACACAGAUAUUGAUAUCUUCAGUUACAAGCCUACUCCUCUCAAUUCCAGUACACUGGAAAAGAUCCGCCAAGUGUUAGAUUACCGGUGUAUGGUGUCUGGAAGUGAGCAGAAGUUUCUCUUGGGGCUAGGGAAAUCACAGAUCUACACCUGGGAUGGUCGCCAGUCAGAUCGCUGGACAAAGCUGGACUUGAAAACUGAGCUGCCACGAGAUACUCUUCUCUCUGUGGAGAUUGUUCAUGAACUGAAAGGAGAGGGGAAAGCCCAGCGAAAAAUCAGUGCCAUCCACAUCCUGGAUGUCUUGGUGCUAAAUGGCAAUGAUGUUCGAAAGCAGCACUUCAACCAGAGGAUUCAACUUGCGGAGAAGUUUGUCAAAGCUGUUUCUAAACCUAGCCGGCCAGAUAUGAACCCUGUUCGAGUGAAGGAAGUGUACAGAUUGGAGGAGAUGGAGAAGAUUUUUGUGAGGUUAGAGAUGAAAGUCAUCAAGAGUUCUGGGGGAAUGCCCCGGCUAUCCUACACAGGCCGAGAUGACCGGCACUUUGUGCCCACGGGACUAUACAUCGUACGGACUGUGAAUGAUCCCUGGACAAUGGCAUACAGCAAAAAAUCCAGGAGGAAAUUCUUCUUCAACAAGAUAACAAAGAAUUCAACAUAUGAUCUCCCUUCUGAAUCCAUUGCACCCUUUCAUGUCUGCCAUUACAGCCGCCUCUUCUGGGAGUGGGGGGAAGGUGUCAAAGUGCAUGACUCUCAGAAAAGGCAAGAUCCAGAGAAGCUGUCGAAGGAUGAUGUCCUGUCUUUCAUCCAGGCACACUACCCCUGACCUCUGCACUCAGGAGGGGUGUAGGGGGGUGCUGAGCCUCGCUUGGAUUCUUCAGGACUGGCUGGACUGAAGAGACUCCACAACUUGGCCCUGGUCUUCUCCAGAGCUGAUCUCCUGGAGAUGGUCUAACCAGGGGUGGUAAUGCAGAAGGCAUAGGACAAAGCUCUAGCCUGGGAUAGCCGUGUAUGUAAGUGUGUGGUUCAGGUAGUGCCUGCUGCAGGAGUACCCAUGGAGACUCCUGGAGCUAAGGCCUAAUGCUCUUUUGUCCUGACCUACUGCAUGCAUAAGGCCAAGGGGCUGGCAGCUUUCCUUGUUCCUGUUCAAACAUUCAGCUAGGUUUGUGGAGCUCUGUGUACCAGAACUCUCCGGAGGUGAUGUUCUUCCUUGGCAGUGUGGGAAGGAGCAGAGAAUGGUGAUAGAGCUGGGGAACAGCACAUUUGAGCACCCUGUGUUGUUUCUUGCAGCUGUCUGUAUCCUUGGCCUUGUCAAGGGCAUUUGCUACCCAGUGGUGGGUAUAACUCAUUAGGGAAUGCUAGCUUUGGGACACAAGUAUGUAUUCUUGUUGGUGUCUCCAGCACUUACGCUGUCAAGGCACUUGGCUGACCACUGGCAAUUCCUAUGUGAUGGUAUCCUGGUGAACAAAAGCCAAUCCAGGUGAUAAAAGCAGAGUUCCUGGCGUGAUUUUGAUAUGUAGGGUGUCAGGGUCUUCUCAGACCUCUAGAAGCUGUUGUGACAAGGACUUCCCCUCUCCAAGUCCAUGACUGACCCUGAGCCACCAGCCUGGUGUUAACUUGUGAACAUGUCUAAGCCUCAUGGUACUUCUGAGACCAAAGUGCUUUGAUUUUCUUGGUACUCAGUACUUGGUACUGUUACCCGUUUCUUCAGGGAGGAAAGCAGAUGUGGGAGGGAAGAUGCAAGAAGUUUGUGACACUGGAGAUCUUUAGAGGAAAUGAUGGGAACAUCUGACUUUAACUAGAGACCUAGGGCUUUGAUGAAGUGAGAUCUUGACUUUUGACCUUGUUGGUUAUUAAGAAGAAAUCCUAUCACCUGAGUAUAUCCACUGGAAAUGAUAUUAGACUUUCCUUUUUAAAUGUCAGAGUGGUCUUUGAAACCCUCCAUGUCUGAUCUGACCCUGGAGCUGCAUCUGGAGUGUGAAGACACAGAGCCAUGACUCUCAACAUGAUUAUGUGUCAACAGACUUCUUCAUGCACUUCUGUGCUGGGCUCAAUUGUCUUCUGUUGCAUGUUUUACCUUCACUUCUGGCUUCCAUGUGGCUUUUGCCAGGUCUUCCGUAUAAAUCAGAAGAUAACACACAGUUGACUGCUUUGGGCAAGACAGUGAAGUUGCUACCUUCCCCAUCCCCACCUCUUAAACACAGGUUGGCAGUAGGGAGGAAACUUAUUUAGGGGUUGCCUGAACUGUGCCUUAAAGAAAACUAUAGUUUUCCCAGAAACUGUAGUAGUUGUUUAGAUUCUUCUUUCUUUUCCCCUAUCUUCACAUGUAGGAUUUGAACAAGCUGGGUAUUAAUGAGACACAGAAGGUUUGGCUCUUGCAAGAGUACAGGUGCAUGGCUGCAUUGUGCCCCUCACAAAGAGGCCUGAUCAAAACCAGAAUGUUGUGAAGUCCCACCUUUACUCUCUAAUGUUCGAUGUUAUGCAUAGUUUUUGUGCUGACUCUGCACACACUGAAUGUCAUCCUGUCAAUGUGAGUGGGCUCUGCUCUCUGAGCUUGGAGCACUUCCAUGUCUUCACAAACAAAUUGUGUCCAUGUACCUGUGCAUUAGUUCUCUAGGGGAGCAGCACAGAAGCUGGCGUGGUCUGUUGGUGUGUGGAAACUGGAGAAGGUAAAGCUGGGUGCCAGUGAAAGGUUAGGUUACAAAUUGGUAGCCCUGAAUAUUGCGCAGAAGAGGUAUUCUAUUUCUGUUCAAACUCCAGCCAAAAAGUAGUGAAGUGAGCCAAAGUUGUUUUUUUUUUCUUUUUUUUUUUUUUUUUUUUUUUUUUUUGUUUUGUUUUGUUUUGUUUCCUCCUCCCUCCUCCUCUUGAUAAUUAUUAAUCCCCAGACACAGGUAGGUCUACCCAAGCAGCUGUGGUAUCAUGUGCUGUUGCUGAACUGCAACCCCCUGUGCUCUCAAGCUCUAGCAGAACAUGAGACACUGUAGCCUCCUCCUCAGAGGACAAGACCCUGACACUGGCAGUUUUAGCAAAGGCACUUCCAUGAAGGACAGGGAGGAACUUCUCCCAGUGGGCAAUAAAGCACCUCCAGCUGUGUGGUUUUCAGGCCUGUGUACAGUUGGCUUUUUAAAUCAGUAAUUUGAGUUUGGGCACUUCUGCUGACUGCCUUGAGGCUAUUAUAAUGCCAGCAAAGCAAGCUGCUCCCUUUACCAGGCUCCUUUGCUAAAUGUUUUGUCCUCCACUCAGGGCUUUGGUCUCCCCUUUGGACUGGCAAACAGGAGGGUAACUAGGGAGUAUACCAUAGUAAGUGUGGGCAUUGGAGGGCACCAAAGAAACCUAUUUUGCCUGCAGGCUAGCUUUUAUGAACAGAUGCUUCCUAUUUGCCCUGUUGUCUCUAGCUCUUCUUAAUUUUAAUUUGCUUUUAUUUUUAUUUUUUGAUGCACUGAACCUUAAGUCUCAACUCCCUUUCAAAAAGGCAGUAUGAGCUACCAAGCUACUUGCUUCCUUGCUGCAGGCUGAAUAUGGAGGGAGCAUGCUGGGAAGGGGGCUGAGAAAGGUUUUGCUGAAGGGAAUGUUUACGUACGUUAAUUGCACAAUGUAUUGGCCAUGUAUCAUUUUGUGUUGACUUUUCUGCUUUUGCUCUCUCUAUUAUCAAUACAGCCCCUUUAGUUCAUAAA